AAAGGCUUAGCCCCGCCUACAUUUGAGGGCCGAGACGACAAGACAGGGCCGGACCGGAGGAGUCUCCUCUGCUAGGGAUGAGCGAGGUGAAGUGGACUGCGGAGUUGGAAGUCGCUCUCUUUCACUCCAUGCACGGGCACAAGCCUGUGGGACUGAACAAGCACUUCCACAUGGCGUGCAUACAGUGGCGUCUGCAGAGACUCCACAGUAUUUCCCUGACUACAGAGCAGAUCUGGGAACACCUCCACAGUCUUUAUGACCUCAAGACUUUGGUCAGUCAUGACAGUCACUUCACUCCCAACACCCACCACACCCCCUCCCCUCAGGAUAGCUUUGAAAAGUUUCCAUUUCCCAAUGAUGAGAGAGAGUUCCACCUCCCAGACUCUAUACUGCAAGGGUCACUAGAACCAGAGGCCUACCUUCCUCUCUCCACCUCUCCCUCCCCUACUCCCUCCCCUCUCCCUCGCCCGCAGCACUCCAAGAGAAAGAGACUGUGACCUUAACACUCUUUCCAGUCGUUGAUUGUGUACUUCAUUCAUUGUGUGUGAAGAGAUUGUGAGGUGUGUGAGAUGAUGAAUGAGAGGGUGAGGGUGAGAGGGCAUGGGGAGGAGGAAGAGGAGUACCCAUCUCCAGAGACUGUUGUCCAGCUCUAAAGAACAAGAAAUAACCAUAAAUAUCAGCAUACACGGCAGGAUUUGUUGCCUCAAACAACAAAAGUGUCAUGCUACUUCAAUGCAUUGCAUCACAAAGCUUCUGUGACUUGUUGCAUGGAGCAUUGUACCAUUAUAUUGAAACUGCAUGUAGAGUACAUAGUGCAGUGCAGGAAGAUCUUACCUGGUG